UAUAGAUUUGAGAGUUCAUCCCCUCCUUGAAGUUUAAACAGCCUCAGCCCUCGCUGUUGAUAGAAAGAAAGAAACAAGAGAGAGAAAUUGAGAGGGGCUCAAGAGAAAAGGGCAGCUGAGAGAAAAAAAAAAAAAAAGAAGGAAAGAAAACUACACAAUGGUUUCAAGGGAACACAAGAAAGCAGCACUGCAUGAGAAGCUGCAACUUCUUCGUUCAAUUACUAAUUCUCAUGCUCUCAACAAAACAUCAAUCAUAGUAGAUGCAUCAAAGUACAUUGCAGAGCUAAAACAGAAAGUGGAAAGACUCAAUCAAGAUAUGGAAAAUGCACAAACUUCAAAUGUUCACCAUAACCCUUUGCCUAUUCAGGUUACAGUGGAAAACUUAGAAAAGGGUAUUUUUAUAAAUGUGUUUUCGAAGAAGAGUUGCCAAGGCCUACUUGUCUUCAUAUUAGAAGCCUUCGAAGAAUUGGGUCUCAAUGUACUGGAAGCUAGGGUUUCUUGUACUGAAACAUUCAGUUUACAAGCAACUGGAGGAAAAUUAUGUGAAGAAAAUGGUGAAAGCAUUGAUGCUCAAGUGGUGGAACAAGCCUUAUUGAAAGCUAUUAGAAACUGGAGUGGAAAUGCUGAUCAAGAUUACCCAUGAUGAUGAAUCUAGGGUUAUUAUUUCAAAUAAUUUAUGUGUAUUAAUUUAAAUUAAGACGAUUUCAUGUGCUUGAUCUUGGAGGUUAAAUUUGAUAGUGUGGAAUUGAGUCACAUGACAAAAUGAAAAAGUAAUUAUAGAACAA